CGUCAUUACCCACUGAGCAUCACUCGCCAGCGACUAUAGAUCUCGACUCCGCCUCAGAUCUCAAUCGAGAGCGAUCGCCAUGGACAAGAUGAGCAGAGCUCUGGAGAGGGCGAAGAUGCUUGUCGGCAUGGAGGUCGACGAGGAGCAGCAAGCGGCCGAGGAGACCUCCUCCACCUCCUUCUACGACGACUUCAAUCGCGAGUGCACUCUGACGACCAAGCAGAGAUUAUACGGCUUUGCCAUAUGUUUAUCUGCGGGUUUAGCUUGUACAUUCCUGUCGAUGCUCGUGUUCUUGAAUCCAAUCAAAUUUGGAGUAACAUUUACCUUUGGCAAUUUACUUGCGCUUGGGAGCACAGCUUUCCUCAUAGGCCCAAAACGACAGGUUACAAUGAUGCUUGAUCCCGUGCGCAUAUAUGCAACUGCCAUAUACCUUGCAAGCAUGAUAAUAUCUCUAUUUUGUGCUUUUUAUGUGCACAACAAGCUCUUAACUCUGUUGGCUAUUAUCUUGGAGUUUGGUGCCCUUGUGUGGUACGCGCUAAGCUACAUACCUUUUGCACGGUCCAUGGUGUCGAAAAUCAUGUUUGCUUGCUUGGACACAGAGUUUUGAGCUUUGCUCCUUCAAUGCAAGAUAGUUAUGUUGUAUAAUUUUAAGGGUGGAGAUCGAUUGUGUUUUGUUUAGCGGCAAUUUUUCAGACUGAAACUGUUUCUUCUCAUUUCGUCUUUCUACACCUUCUCCCUAUCUGCUCAUAGUUUGAAAUCCUGUCCCAAAAAACUCGAUCAUACCUUGCUAAGGCGGUGGCAUGUCCAUAUACCUUCAUACUGUGGUGAUAUAAAGUUGACUUCAUGGCAAAUAUUGUCUCAGAAGGAAUAGCUGUAGCGUUUAUAAUCCCUGCACGUAUAUCAAGGGUUUUUAACUUCUGAAAGUAAAGGCUGACACCCUUGUUAUCAUUUUGCAGUAGCAACUGUAUUUUUUGCUAAUUAAGGAUGUGUUUGGAUUUAUAAGUGCUGCUGCUAUUGUUGCUCAAGAAGCAUGUGGACCUUUUCCCCCCUCGAUUGGGCUGUAAUGUAUGUGAGCUAUGUGUGUUCGUCUAUGUAUACUUUUUGUCUAUAAGUUCUAUCAUAUGUUUCACUUUCGUA